AACAGAACCCCUCUUCUCUCUCUCCCCGCUCUCUCUCUAGCUCCGGCCAAACUCCGGCGGCGCGGCGGCCAACAGAAGGAAGAACCGCCCGAUGGGGAAGAGCAGGGGGCGGGCGUCCAGCAGCGGCCUGGCGGCGUCGCUGCUGCCGGAGGCCCAGGGCGCCGUCCCCGUCGUGGGGUUCGGGGGCUACCACGGCGCCUCCCGCGUCGAGCCCGCCGCCUCCUCCUCCUCCGCCGACCCCGACGGCCCGGUCCGCCUGCCGCCCGACGUGGAUGCCGAGGUGCUGCAGCACCUGAGGAGGCUGGGAAGGAAGGACCCCACAACCAAGCUCAAGGCAUUAUCUACCCUCUCCAUGCUCUUUGCGCAAAAGCCUGGCGAGGAAGUCGUGCAAAUAGUACCACAAUGGGCAUUCGAGUACAAGAGGUUGCUGCUUGACUACAACAGAGACGUCCGUCGUGCUACUAAUGAUACCAUGGCUAGCCUAGUGUCCGCAGUCAAGAAGGGUCUAGCUCCACAUCUCAAGUCUUUGAUGGGUCCUUGGUGGUUUUCUCAGUUUGACCCUGCUACUGAGGUUGCACAGGCUGGCCGACGUUCAUUUGAGGCAGCAUUCCCACAAUCAGACAGAAGGAUGGAUGCCUUAAUGCUAUGUGUGAAGGAGACGUUUCUGUACCUAAAUGAGAAUCUUAAGUUAACAACACAAGCCUUAUCUGACAAGGUUACACCGAUGGAUGAAUUGGAAGAUAUGCAUGAGAGGGUAAUAUCAUCGUCACUGUUAGCAAUGGCAACUCUUAUUGACAUUUUGUUAGGAGUAAAAUUACAAAGUGAUGGCGGUGACAGUAUGAAUACCGAAAGCAAAAGUCAUUCAAAAGUUCGAUCUGCUACAUUGUCUUCUGCUGAAGCUGCACUUUCUAUGCAUAAAUAUUUUAUUGAUUUUCUGAGGUCUAAAAGUGCUGUUAUACGGUCGGCUACAUAUACUCUGCUUACAAGUUAUGUCAAAUAUGUUCCUAAUGUUUUCAAUGAAGAAGCCAUGAAGAUACUAUCUUCUACUCUGCUUGGUGCCUUCAGUGAGAAGGACCCAUUGUGUCACUCUGCUAUGUGGGAUGCAGUUCUUGUUUUUUCUAGAAGGUUUCCAGAGGCUUGGUCCUAUUGCAAUAUUCAGAAGGUUGUGCUCAAUCGGUUUUGGCAGUUCCUACAAAAUGGAUGCUACGGGUCUAAACAGGCCUCAUACCCUCUAAUUGUUCAGUUUUUGGAUUCUAUACCACCUAAAGAAGUUGCUACAGAGCAAUUUGCUUUCGAAUUCUUAAAACAUCUUUGGGCUGGUAGAAACCAGAGGCAGUUAUCAGCUGCUGACAGUUUGGCUUUCUUUACUGCCUUCAAACAGAGUUUUUUGUGGUUUCUUAAAAAUGCGCCGAGAAAUUCUGUAGGAGAUUCUUCAGACUAUAUUCGCAACAGACUUAUAACCAAUGUUCUUGUCAAAAUGGUUUGGCAAGAUUACCUUCAAUUAUCAUUAUCAAAAAACAUGGAUGUAGUUCCCAGUUUGUUGUCUCAAGAAGCAGCUACUGAUGAUCAACAGCUAUCUCAUAAAAAGUCAUUGUUGGCAGCCAAUGUGCGCCACCCUAUUUACUAUUAUCAGGAUUUGGGGAAAUGUAUCGCUGAAAUAUUGGAUGACAUUUCGGUUACUGAAAGGCAUUUGUUGGAAACUGCUUGUGAGUCUCUGUUGAGGGACUAUUUGGACAUAGUUCAGCAAGGGGAGAAGCUAUCAAAAUUUCAGGAUCACGUCAACCAACUUGUAUCUUUCUUUCGUUCUUUAGAUAUACUCGUUGUACAGAAUGGCAGGACAUGGCCGCUGGAAAACUUAGCAAGACCACUGGUUGAACGUUCUCUGCCAGCUAUUAAGUCAAUGGACUCCCCAAGUCUUGUUGAACUCCUUUUAGUUUUGGUUGAAAUAUUCGGGCCUGCCCCCCUGUUCUUGAAGAGUUCUGAGAUAAAUGAUGAUAAAUCAUAUGUUGAGCCUUAUCUGAGUUUAUUCGAUGCUGAUUUUGUCCCUUGGUGCUUGGAUGGGAAGUAUAGCACCUGCAGCUCAAAGAUUGAUUUAUUGCUGUCUUUAAUUCAAGAAGAGUGCUUCUUUGACCAGUGGUGUUUGAUCAUCAAACAUACUAGAGCUAAACAAAAGCAAUCUGUCGAUCAUAAAAUCUCACACACUAAAGGCCAAUUUGAACUGCUCACACUUAUACUUCAAAAAGUCAGAGAAAGAAUUGCUGGUGGAAAGAUGAAAAAUUUGCAGAGAAGUGGUUCCCUGCCAGAACAUUGGCGACAUGAUCUAUUGGAUUCUGUUGCAGUUUCUGUCUUCUGUGAUCUGCCUGCUACAGAUUCUCAUGUACAUUUUCUAUGUGCUGCACUUGGUGGCUCCAGUCAAGAUGAUCAAAUUUGUUUUCUUUCUGCUGAGGCUGUUUGCAAAAUUCGUGGAUCCAUUUUGAAGUCUUUGGCAUCGGUACUCAUCACAUCAACUUUUGAGUGGACAAAGUCUUCACGUUUUCUGUUGUUGCCCAUGGAACAUGAGCAUUCCAAGAUUCUAGGGGAACAGUCCUUGUCAGCAAACCUUGAGAUAGCUCAGCUUGCUUUUCAAGUUCUCGAGCGUAGCUUGUUUGCCCUAAAGACACAUGAGGAAGAUUCUGUUUUUUCUCAUAUUCUGUCUGCUCUGUUCAUCAUCGAAUGGGAAUGCAGCAUGGCUUUAGUUCUUGCAGAAGAGAGUGAUUUGAAAGGUCAUAAGGAAGAAAUCAAUGUUGAGGCUUUGAUGUGCAAUACUUCAGAUGAUCAUUUGGAUGAGACGGUACAUCUGAAGGCUAACCUUGCAGAACGUAUACAUGCUUUUCGCCAAAGCUUAAUUCCAUCCUUUUGGAAUGACCUUCAUUCAGGCACUUUGAAUAGGCUGGUGAAUAUUCUAGCUCAGUCUGUCAGGUAUGCUGUAUUUGACACGGUAGACUUGCCUAUUGAUAGGACAGCAGUCUUAUGUUCUGAGUGGGUGGUGGACAUGUUGAGACUCAUUUGUCUUGAUCACAUAAAGUUGCAAAGCUUUUUUGAUGCUUUGUUAUCUGAGGGAGAAUAUUGGCCGCUCUGGGUGAAACCUUCUUUACAGAAUGGCCAUGCAUCAGUGAAGAUCCAACGCGAGCCGCUUACAACAGAUGGAACUGAACUUAAACAUCAGCGGUUCGUUGCUUUUGUUGACAAGCUUGUCCUAAACCUCAGCUUUGGUGAAGUGAUUUUAGCACCUCUUUCUUCCUUCUCUAGAGCAUGGGUUGCUGCAGAGAUGAUUUGCACUUGGAACUGGAAAGGAGGAAGUGCAUUUAGCACAUUCUUACCUUCUCUUGUUCAGUACAUGAAAACAGAGCCAGGUCUUGAGGUCAGCUUCGUGUCCCUGUUGCUUGACACAUUGCUAGAAGGGGCCCUUAUGCACGAGAGUAGUGACUGGGCACUGUUCAAUUCUUGGCACCUCUCUGACAGUGAGAUUGAGAAAAUUCAAGACCGUUUUCUGCGUUCUCUUGUGGCUUUGUUAUUUACUGCUUACACCAAGGAAUCUGUUUUGAGAGAAUCCGAUGCACAUGUACUUUUUGAACAGCUACGGAGUAGUCUUUUUAUUGGUUCAGCAGUAAAUAGAAAAUGUUUAAGGACUCUUCCCUUUGUCAUGAGUACAAUCAUCAAGCCCUUGACAGAAAAAGUGAGAUUGAAUGAAGCUUCUCCGUGCACUGAUUUGUUGGGGAAAAGCAUAUUGAGUUGGCUUGAGGAAGCCAUCUCUUGUUUGUCAUCGAGCCCAAGGGAAGUAGCACAACAAGAUAUCGAGGAUUGGAUGCAAGUGGUGUUAUCUUGCUUCCCAUUGAAGAUAACAGGAGGAACAUCAAAACUGAUAGUUAAGUUUGAACGUGAGAUCAGCGAUGCAGAAACAUCAUUACUGCUUACUUUGUUUUCGAGGUACCAGACUUUCUAUGGUAGCGCAGAUCCAUCUCUGUCCUCUAGGGAAACUAUCCUAUCAAAAACUGUUGAACUUUUGGGAGUGAAACUAACAGCAGUUAUGGUUGGUUAUUGCUGGACAAAACUUGGUGAAACUGAUUGGUGUUUUGUGUUCCGUAUUCUACGUAAGUGGAUAGAAUCGUCUGUAUUACUUGUUGAAGAAAUGACAGACAACAUCAAUGAUGCUGCGGUAAACCAGACAUCCGCUCAAGAUAUCUUGGAGAAGCUUAAAUUGAUAGCUUGCACUAUGGAAGACCUAACAUUUACUUUUGCUGAAUCCGCUUUGGUUACACUGUGCCACCUCAACCUUGUUGACAAUCUCCAUGAAACGGAUAAUUCCCCAAAUCUGCAGCUUAUUAGGUCAGGGGAGUAUGCAGAGAGUAAUGACAAGAUGAUGGAGAAUAUCCUCCGUUUGUUCUUGGCUUCUGGUGUUUCAGAAGCAAUUGCGGGAUCGUGUAGUGAAGAGGCUUCAUCCAUCAUAGCUUCAAGUCGUGUGGAUCAUCUGCAUUUCUGGGAGCUAGUGGCAUCAUUCAUCAUCGAUGCUUCACCACAGAUUAGAAGAUCUGCACUGGACUCCAUGAAACUGUGGGGGCUUACCAAGGAAUCCGUCAGUGGACUAUAUUCAAUUCUUUUCUCCUCAGAGCCAAUAUCUCAUCUACAGUUUGCAGCAUACUCUCUACUUAUGUCUGAGCCGCUCUGUCAACUUUCAUUAGUCAAAGGGUCAUCUGUAGGAGAAAUAGGAGAAAUCCCUUCGUCAUCUCAGGAGUCUGAAAUGGGUCAAAAUAUUGAGUCGAUACCAGAUUCUGAGAAGGCCCUAUACCUCAGAGAUGAAUUAACGGCCUUGAUUGAGAUGCCUACUUCUGAACUGGUCAAAACGGAUCUGGUUGCUCUAGAAAGGGUUAAUGUCUUUGUUGCCUGGGCAUUGGUGUUGUCUCACCUGCAGUUACUGCCAUUAUCAUCCGCUACCAGGGAAAAAGUACUUCAGUAUGUACAAGAUAAGAUUAGUCCGAGCAUAUUGGAUUGCAUUUUCCAGCAUAUCCCAUUAAAGACUGCUGCACCUAGCGGGAAGAAAAAAGAUGUUGAACUCAUGCCUGAAGCAAGAGCUGCUGCCGAAGCUUCUAAGGGUGCCAUCACUACAUGUUCACUGCUGCCAUAUGUGGAAUCUCUUUGGCCUGUUGGGGUUUUGCAAAUGGCCUCACUUGCAGGGUCAUUGUAUGGGAUGAUGAUUAGACUACUGCCUUCCUAUGUACGCACAUGGUUUACUAGCUUGAGAGAUCGUUCGCUGUCCUACUCAAUCGAGUCCUUCACUAGAGCAUGGUGCAGUCCUCCUCUGCUACUAGACGAGUUCUCUCAGGUUAAGGAAUCUAUUUAUGUUGAUGAAACUUUCUCAGUUAGCGUGAACCGAUCGGCUUACGAAAUCAUUGCUACAUACAAGAAGGAAGAAACAGGUAUCGAUCUUGUCAUACGUCUUCCGAGCUGCUACCCUCUGCGGCAUGUUGAUGUAGAGUGCACGAGAAGCCUGGGUAUCAGCGAAGUGAAGUGCAGGAAAUGGCUGCUCUCUCUGACAUCAUUUGUCCGCAACCAGAACGGCGCGAUCGCGGAGGCGAUCCGGACGUGGAAGAGCAACUUCGACAAGGAGUUUGAGGGCAUCGAGGAGUGCCCGAUCUGCUACAGCAUCCUCCACACGAGCAACCACAGCUUGCCGCGGCUGGCGUGCAAGACGUGCAGGCACAAGUUCCACGGCGCCUGCCUCUACAAGUGGUUCUCGACCUCCAACAAGUCGACGUGCCCGCUGUGCCAGACCCCUUUUUAGAAAUGAUGAUCUGUUAGGAAUCACUUACGGAUUACUUUGCUGAGAGAGGAGUAUAUCGAUAGGUGUAUAUUCCCUAGGAUACUUGUUUUGUGCUGUGUGUUUACAAGUUGAGUUAGCUGGGGGAUGAAUGAACCUAGUCAGUUUUGGAACCCAACCUCACGGUUGCGUAAGCAUCAACUGCAAUAUUGUAGCUCUUGUAUGGCGGUAAUUUUGUUUCGCACUUGGGAUCA